UGGCAGUUUAUUUUUACCCCAAAAGCGUGCCCGAGCGCAGGCGCGCAUCAUUUCCAUCUUACACAUGCAUCGACGUGAAAUUAUAUUAUUGUGAUUAUCCAGUGUUAUUUUCUUGGCUGCGGUUAUUUAAUAAAUAUCUUAAGGCAGAAUGGCGGUUCAAGAGCCAUGUGUAGUGUGCUCGAGCCCUACAGAACGCAAGUGCUCGAGCUGCCAAAUCGUUCACUACUGCUCAAGGGAUCAUCAGAAGCAGCAUUGGAAACAGCACAAACAUGAGUGCAUCCCUGCGAGGAUAAAGGAAGACCCGAAGUACGGGCGGUAUCUUGAAGCUUCGAGGAGUAUAAAAGCUGGUGAUAUUGUUAUGAAAGAAGCGCCACUCAUCACCGGACCAUCUCAGGUGACUCCACCGGUUUGUUUAGGAUGUUACAAAUUAUUGGAAAAAGAUGAAACUAUUACUUGUCAGAAAUGUGGUUGGCCGUUUUGUUCAGAAAGCUGUACUCAAAGCGUUUUACAUACACCGGAGUGUCAUUAUACGCAGGAAAGAGGUGAAAAGGUAACCAUAUCAAGUUAUGGAAAUCCACAUCCGAAUUACCAGUGCAUCACUGUUCUCCGUUGUUUGUAUCAACGUGACCACAAUCCCAAACUGUGGGUGAAGCUGCAGGCACUUGAAUCUCACAAUGAAGACCGCAGAGGCACGGAAAAGUGGAUUAAUGACAGGAAAAUGAUAGCAGAGUUCAUCUGGAACUUCUUCAAGCUAGACGGAACAUUUAACGAAGAUGAGAUUAUGAAGUGCUGUGGAAUUGUUCAGAUAAAUGGACACGAAGUGCCUCUGAUGGAGCCCGAGUACGUGGCGGUGUUUGACAAGAUAUCCAUGGUUGAGCACAACUGUCGCGCCAACUGCAAUAAGAGUUUCACAUCUGACGGGAACAUUAUUAUGUCAGCAGGUGUCAACAUAUCGCCAGGCUCUCACAUAUCGGUUUGCUACACUGACCCGCUGUGGGGCACGGAGGCUCGUCGUCACCACCUUUCCGACUCCAAGUUUUUCGAGUGCUCCUGCGUCAGAUGCUCUGACGUUACCGAGUUUGGGACCAUGUUUAGCGCUGUGAAGUGUAAAAAGAAGGAUUGCAAGGGUUAUCUUCUACCGGACACAUUCAUAAUUUCGAUUCUACAUAAAACAAAGUCACCCGACCCGAACAACCGGGGCUUGGAUAAUAAGUUUUGGAAGUGUAACAAUUGCAAGGAUGAAGUGUCUGAUGCCAUCAUACAGCAACUGUUGCAGGACAUUGGCAGGGAAUUGAGUGUCAUGCCCAAAGGAGACCCUGAUGCUUGUGAGAGGUUCAUCAGUCAUUGCAGCGGUUAUCUCCACCCCACUCAUUACUACAUGACGGACGUGAGCCUCGCGUUGGCGCAGAUGAUCGGCCAGCAAGACCAGCUGGGACUGGCAGGGGUCACCGACGACAGACUGUUGCUAAAGACGCAACUCUGUAGGAAAAUCACUGAUUUAUUAGAAACCUUAGCGCCAGCUGAGUCGCGUCUUCGUGGUUCACUGCUGUUCGAGCUGCACGCCGCCGUCGCGGAGACUGGACGAAGAAAAUCACUAACAGACGGACCGAUGGUCAUGCUGGGAUACGUUACGGAAUCGCGUAAGAUUCUUUUGGAGUCAGCCGGUCUCUUGGCUCACGAACCGCCGGAGCUACCAGAGGGCCGACUCGGUCGUCAGGCGAAGAUCAAUCUUAUGCAGAUGGAUGAACUCAUCAAAAAUCUUUCAGCCAGCCUCCCUUCUCCUUUGUAGUGUAAUAAAGGCGAGGAAAUAA